CGAACCCUAAACCUAAAAACCUCAACACCAAAAUCCAUCCCCUAACAACCAAUUAACCGUUUUUUCCCCGCUCUAUCACUCUCCGAUCAUCAAUGGACGACGUCGUUUCCGGUGCACUCGAAGAAAUCUGCUCACAAGGCACCACAGGACUGACACUCCCUAACCUCUGGCCCAAAAUCCAAACCCAUUUAUCUUCCAAUGGUCUUCCUCUCUGCUCUAAUGUCAAACAAGCCUUGUGGUCCCGCCUUCUCGCUAUCCCGACUCUCCGAUUCGAGUCCAACGGCGUCUUGUAUGGCGCCGCAGACCCUAACAUUCAGUCGGUUGAGGUUUCUGAAGCCAUGGAGUUGAGAAUUGUUGCUUCUGAACAAAUGUUUGAUAAUUUUGUUGGAAUUUAUGAUAUUAAGGCUUCGGAUUCCGUUGUUUCCGACGUUGGACGUCGUAUACUUGAACGGCUUGCCAUUGCUAGAACAGAGGGAAUUACACAAAAUGAACUUGCCAAGGAAUUUGGCAUAAAAAAUAACAACAUAUUUUACAGACUUAGGGGUCUUGAAUCCCGGGGGUUAAUUGUUAGGCAAUCAACCAUAGUAAGGAAGAAAGAAGCUGGCAAUGGAGAUUAUAAAUUUGGUUCAAUAGUGAACACCAAUAUGCUCUACUUAUACCGUUAUGCAAAGCAUUUGGGUCACUUAAAAAGACUUGAAAUAACUAAAGAGGAUAAGGCUUCUGCUGAUAACGACAAUGCAGACAUAGAAGGUGCUACAGGAGACGGUGUUUCAGAAGAACACAUAAAAGACUACGCACCUGAUAUAACUGCCAUUUGUGAUAGACUAGAAAAAGCCGAUGGCAAGGUUCUCGUCGUUUCAGACAUCAAGAAGGAAUUAGGUUAUCUCAAAACCCACGGACAUAGAAAGUGGAGAAAUAUCUUACAAAGGAUGAAAGAUGCUCGCCUAGUUGAGGAGUUUUUCGCUACAGUGAACAAGAAGGAAGUUUGCUGCUUACGGCUGCUGAAGAAAUUUUCUCUUACAACUUGUGUGCCCAAAAGUCAUGGAGUUCAAGAUGAUGAUCUUGAUACAGAACAGGUUAAACCGGUUAAAAGAGGCCAAAUCACCGACCAGCUUAUGGAGCUUCCUAUUGAGCAGCAAAUCUAUGAUUUGUUUGAUGCAGAAGGUUCAAAUGGGUUGACGCUUAAUGAGGUAUAUAAAAGGCUUGGCAUAAACAAUAAAAUCUACUAUCCUCGUAUUCUUGAAAUGGUGUCUAGAUUUGGGAUGCAUCUAGAUUCAGAAAGCCUUAAUAGAGGCGUAGUCUACCGAGCUUGGACUUCUGGAAAUUAUAAUAUCGGAGUUUCUAAUGCCAGCAUUGGUAAAGUAGAAAAUGCUAUGGAUGAUAAAUCUACGACGCAUGCACAAGCUGGACAGUUGAUGCUACCUUCCACUAUCGAAGAUGUAGAUGUGCGGACCUCGAACAUUGAUGCUGAAGCCAAUGAAGAACAUAACUUUAAUGACCCACUCCUUGAUUCAAGAAGUUCAAAUAAUCUACAAAGUGAAGCAAAUGAUAUCAUUCCUGACGCAGAACUUCAAAUAUCAAAUGUAAAGCCUGCAUCAGACACUGUUUCGUUGGAUUUAUCUUCAUCAGCUUCACCAGCACCCCGUGUUCGCCGUUCAUAUACAACCUAUCCAUGUCUUGGUUUGAAUUCAGUUAACUCACUAAGGGAGCAGCGGAUACUUGAAAAAUUACAGGAGGAGAAGAUCCUUAUAAGACCAGAGCUGCAAAGGCUGCUUGAGAGUCUCGAGAAUCUUGAAAAAAAGCAUGCGGCGCAAAUGGAUAGGAAGACUUUAGAGCGUAGUUUAAAUAAGCUUCAAGAAGAUGGACACUGCAAGUGCAUUUCUUUUGCUGUCCCUUCUGUCACUAACUGCGGUCGAAGGCGGACAAUUGAUGUAAUUAUACAUCCAUCUGAGUACAAAGCAGAAGACCUAUCUGAUCGGGUUCAUGACAAGUUGAGAUCAUUUGAAAGGCAAAUACGUGCCCAAAGUUCUCGAUUAAAGAGCAGUAAAGGUGAAUCAAUUCCCGUGUUAGAUGGCGUGGAGAGAAUUAGUACAAAUGUGAAAGAAAAUGUUCAACAAGAGACCUUUGAAGCAAUGAAAAACAACGGGUUUGUAUUGGCGAAAAUGGUUCGAGCAAAGCUACUUCACAUAUUUUUGUGGGGUUAUCUCACAGGGUUAGAAGAUUGGGAAGAUGCUGUUCUGGGACAACCUGGAUAUCAACAGAAGAACCCACAUAGCACGUGCAAAUUGUUUGAACUUGAUGCAGCCAUUAAGGCCAUGCCGCUUGAGUUGUUCUUGCAGGUUGCAGGGUCGGCUGUAAAACUUGAGAAUGUGGUUGAGAAAUGCAAGAAUGGAUUACGCCUUUCCGAUCUUCCCAUACACGAGUACAGAUGUCUAAUGGACACUCGAGCAACUGCCCGUUUCUCAUAUCUUAUUGAUAUCCUAAGACGUUUGAAGUUGAUACGAUUGAUUGGCGGAGAACUUCUCGAAGCUCCCGUGGGCCCACAUGCUACCCUUAGACAUUCACUAGAAUUUAAACCUUACAUUGAGGAGCCUGUUGGAAUGUUUUUGUCAUCCACAGGUGUCAAUUCUUUUGAUCUUCGCCCUCAUGUCAGACAUGAUUUUGUUCUUGCAAGCAGAAAAGGUGUUGAUGAGUAUUGGAAGACUUUGGAGUAUUGUUAUGCUGCUUCUGAUCCAAAAGCUGCUUUUCAUGCUUUCCCAGGGUCUGCUGUGCAUGAGGUAUUUCUUAUCCGUUCAUGGGCCUCAACCCGAGUUAUGACGGCGCAGCAGCGAUCUGAGCUCUCUAAACUUGUAGCAAAUGAAGAUAUCAAUAAAAAGAUAACCUACAAAAGGUGUGGGAAGAUCGCAGAAAAACUUAAUUUGACCUUGGAGCAGGUUCUCCGUGUAUUCUAUGAUAAACGGCAAAAGCAUAAACUAAAGUUAGCAUCAAGUGCCAAAGAGCAGGAUUUCCAACUAUCAACACAUGCUUUACUUUCUUACAAAAGGAAAAGGUCUUCUAAAGAAAACUCAGUAAAUAAUGAAAGUCCACUUGAGGAAGAGUCAGGCAAACUCAAGCAAGCCAAGACAUCGAGAGCUGAUGAUGCCACCGAAGAAGAAAGUUUUGCACAGAAGUCUCUUGAAGAUCAUGAAACACAUAUGGAUGGCCAGAAAGAUCUUGAAGAUGAUCUGGAACUGACUGAAGAUGAAGGUGGUCAAUCUUAUUCUGAUAUACAUGAUUGUGCCAUGUCAGAGCUACAAUCUUCAUGCCAAAAAAGGUUUUCAUGGACAGGAAACAAAGAUAGGCUGUUGGUGAUUGAGUAUGUAAAAUACCGAGCUGCUCGUGGUUCAAAGUUUAACCGUACAGAUUGGACCUCACUUCAAAGUCUACCAGCCCCACCUGCUACAUGCAAAAGAAGAAUGUCGACACUGAAUAGGAACAAGCAGUUCAGAAAAGCUGUAAUGAAACUUUGUAACAUGCUUAGUAUGAGAUAUGCAAAGCAUCUUGAAACUUCCAAGAAUAAAUCACUUGGUGAUGGUUGCAGAGUGAUUAUUCAGGAUCAAAAUGCUCCUCAAGUUGUUAAUCAUACAAAAGAAUAUUGUAUGGAAGAGCGAUGGGAUGAUUUUGAUAACAAAGAUAUCAAGAUGCUCCUUGACGAAGUUCUCAAAUACAAGCAGAUUGCUAAAUUAGAAGCAACUAAAGGUGCUCGAUACAUAUCCAAGUAUCCUCACUCAGAUGUUGGUGGUGAUGGACAUGAAUUGGAUGAUAACUUAGGUUCAUCAGCUACCCCUAUCAAUGUAAUAAAAAAGGAUAGUGGGAGGAGGCAAGCAUCUUCUCGAAAAAGGAGGCAAACAUCUUCCCGAAGAUCAAGACGUCGUCUUCCUAAAAGCUAUGUCAUGCUUAUGAAUCAAGUACAAAAUUCUGGUACGCAAGCAUACAAAUCAGUAGCAGUUUCUAAUGCAAUAGAGCUAUUCAAGCUUGUAUUUUUAAGCUCUGCAAAAGGUCCAGAGGUCCCAAACAUGCUAGCUGAAACAUUGCGGCGAUACUCAGAGCACGAUCUUUUUACCGCCUUUAACUAUCUCAGAGACAAAAACUUCAUGGUGAUGGGUAGUGGCAUUACUCAAUUUGUACUCUCCCAGCAGUUUUUGCAUAAUAUUUCAUUAUCUCCAUUUCCUGUUAAUACUGGAAAAAAAGCUGCUAAGAUGGCGAGGUGGCUUCAAGAGAAAGAAAAUGAUUUAUUAGAAAACGGUGUUGAUCUAUCUGCAGACCUUCAGUGUGGAGAUGUCCUUCAGCUGUGUGUGCUGAUGUGUUCAGGAGAAAUAUCGAUGUUUCCAUGCCUGCCUGAUGAAGGUAUUGGAGAAAUUGAGGAUUUGAAGAAACGUAAAUGUGAUGACAAUGAAAUUUAUUUUCGUAAAGAAAAAGGUUUUCCAGGGAUAAAUUUAUCCUUGAGCUCUGAUAUAAUUCCAAGAGUUGAUGUGAUUGCAUUAUCUAGAGAUGAGAAUGCAGUUACUUCUCGUUCGAAUUUGGAGUACAGGUCACUGCCUUCUGAACUUAUUGAAGGAAUCUCAAAGUCAAAUGCUGACUCUGAGUUAACAUGGAAUGCUAUGACUUGCUAUGCAAGACACCUGGCAUCGUCUGUACAAGAAUUAUCUUCCUUUUCUCCCAAUCUUUUUAGAACUGUUCAUUCAGCCAUCCAAAAAGCUGGUGAUCAAGGCUUAAGCAUGGAGGAGAUUUCUGAGAUUAUUGAUGUUCAUGGGGAAUUGAUGCCAGAACUUGUUAUUGAGGUGCUUGAGGCAUUUGGGAGUGCUUUAAAGGUUAAUGCUUAUGAUUCUAUCCGUGUUGUUGAAUCUCUGUAUCGAUCAAAGUAUCUUUUAGCCUCAGUAGCUACCUACCAACAUGAUCUUGAUUUCAACACUCUGGAGUCUCGGCAAGAAAAUCACGAGGAUGGAGGCAAAGAUUUAGUGAAACAAACCAGCACAGACUGCAUCGAGGGGCAUUCAACUACUGAUGAGGAGCAUCACAGACUGACCAUCCUAAACCGCCCAGUAGAGGUUCCCCAACCUACUAGUGAAGUUCAAAGAAAUGAUGAGACUGAAACCUACGAAGAGGAGAAUGUAAUGCCUCUAAGAACAGACCCCAAGGGAAAAAAGUUUGAAUUUAGUGUUGGCGAUUCUCCUUCUUUCAAGCCAAUAUUGCCAUGGGUAAAUGGAGAUGGUACCAUCAAUGCUAUUGUUUACAAGGGACUUGUACGCCGUGUUCUUGGUAUUGUGAUGCAAAAUCCUGGGAUAUUGGAGGAGCAUGUUUUAAGCCAAAUGAACGUACUAAAUCCUCAGAGCUGUAGAAAAUUGUUGGAGCUGAUGAUUCUUGAGAGUCAUAUCAUAGUAAGGAAGAUGUAUCAGUCUGUAUCCAGUAAGCCCCCAGCAAUGUUAAGCCGGCUUCUUGGUUGCAGGUAUAAGAAACCGAAACUGGUUUGCAGAGAACAUUUAUUUGCAAACCCAAGGAGUAUCCACCAUCUGUAGAAUCUGUUAUGUAUAGAUGUAUUUAAUUUAUGAGUGCUUUUGCUGAUUUCGAGUACAGUGUCAGAAUAUCCACCAUCUGUAGAAUCUUGUAGUAUACGUGUAUCUUAUCUUAAUAUCUACUCUAAAAGAGUUGAACUAAUGACUUAUUAAUCAAUCAAAUCGCUCAAUUUCAUCAAA